CCGCCGCUGCGCGCUCCCGCGGGCGGCGCGCGCCCGCUUCUCCUCCCGCCCCGGCCGCGGGGUCCGCCCGCUCCGCGGGCUUUGUUGUGGAGGCGGCGGCGCGGGGCAGCCCGCACGCAGGCAGCGGGGGAGGAGCGCGCAGGAAAUACUUCUGCAAAUCAGCACUUCAUAUAUGAAGAGUUAAGAUCAUAUCGUUUGUUCUUUAAGGGAAGGUAUACUGCAAAUCCUAGGCAGGCCCAAAAGGUCCUCCUGUUUGACUUAGAUCGAUAGGUUGCCUUAAUCUGAUAUCAACAAUGUUUUUGUAUGUGUAAACCAGAAAAUGCCUAUUAAUUAGCCGAACAUAUUUCACCUAUGAAGACAAAGUCGUUAAAUGAGCCUCUUGACUUCUGUCUCCAAUUAUUCCGGUGCCAUCAUCUAUCAUUUCCAGCAGAGGGCAGCAUUUUCCUACAUCAGCUAAUCCAAAAGUAAAUGAGGAACUUAGGAAAAGAUUGCCAACUCCAAAUCAACACAGUUACACAGAAUUGAAAAAGAAGCGUGCAGCUUCAUUUGAGGGAUUCUUGUAAGGAACUCUGUGUUCUGUGAUAUGAGCUCUGAAAUCUUCAAGCAAAAACUGGACUCGGUGCCAGAUCAAACGAGUUCAGAAGAACAAAUGGAGAACUGGUCAAAAGGAACACAUGUCCUGGAACAGAAGAAAGAAGACUUUUGUGCUGAAUUCCAGUUUCAUGAGAAUUCUCAGAAAAACCCAUUCAUCCAGGCAGAAGCUGAACCACUGAAACUUCCAGAUUUGCCGGUAACCAGUCAAAGAGGAAGAGCCCCAAAUGAUUGUAAUUCCAGUCCUGAAGAAUCAAGCACCGUAGAACAAAAGGCUAACAGGAUGCUCCCUGAAUUUGUAUCUUCAUGGAGGGAUGCCUCAGAUUUAGACGGAAAAACGGAAACAGCAUUCCUUUUAAAAGAACUGGACACUCUGAGAGCCAAAAAUAAAAAGCUUCAGGAUAAGCUGUCUGAAAAGGACAAGGAGCUGAAGACAAUAAAACUGGACUUAGAGCUGCAAGAGAGAGCUACAGAAGCUAAGAUUGCAGAAAAGAUUGCAGCUCUGGUGGAAGAAGUUUAUUCUGCUCAACGGGAACGUGAUGAGGCUGUCAUGGCAAGGCUUAGGUUAGCCAACGAAGAGAGAGAUGAAGCAUUUCUACGAGUCCAGCGUUUAGAAGAGUCUCUCAAAGAGCUAGAAAAUAUUAACCCUGAAGAAAAUGACAUGACAUUACAGGAAUUACUGAACAGAAUAAACAAUGCAGACACAGGGAUAGAUAUACUGAAGAAUGGAGCUAUAAUUCUGAAUCGAAUACACAGGACCAAAGAACGUAAAAAGAAAAUAAUAGCUGAGGAAAUGAAUGCAGUAAUAGAACAACGGGAUGCUGCUUUGUCUCAAUGCAAACGGCUGGAGCAGGAGCUUCAUCAUCUGAAAGAGCAGAACCAGACUUCAGCAAACAACACGAGACAUCUGACUGCUGAAAACAAUCAAGAACGUGCUCUGAAGGCAGAAUUGAUAGCCUCACAGCAAGAAAAAGAGGCUGCUCUUCAACAGUGCAAAAAAUUAGAAGAAGAAAUCCAGACACUGCGUGUUUAUUACAGCUUAUACAAAUCUUCGUCUGAAGGAACGUGUCUGAAGGACCAGCUGAACUGUGUACUCGGUACUGCUGAAGGUGGACCACAGGGCAGGGUGGAUGUUGUGACCCUUACCUAUCACCAGAUUGAAGGUCUGGCAGCUCAGCUGCAGCAGGCUCAGUCAGAGCAAAAGGACACCGAGCUGAAGCUCCAGAAAGCCCUGGAGGCUUCACGGGAGGCCAACGAAAAAGUUCAGAAGUUGGAAAGGCUGGUGGACGUCCUGAGGAAGAAGGUUGGAGCAGGGACCAUUAGGACCGUGAUCUGAUUGAAAGCUCUAGUCUAAGGAAGCAUUCACAUCUGGUGACCAGGCUGCUUCAUUCAGCACUGUGUAAACACUAAAGCCUUAACUUAGCAAACAGUUGUUAGAAGUGGGACACUCCAGCGACAUUCCAAGCUGAGAUAAAAUCAAAUCAUAAAUGUUUAACUACUUUGCUGCUGAGUUCUGUGAUUUGUUGAAAUGUUUCACUGCAAACAUGUAUUUGUUUUGAAGCAGAUGCAUUGUGGCACUGUGCUCUGUGAAAAAUGAUGUAUAUGCUUAUUUUAACAGUCUGUCCUCUCGGUGUUGCUAGACUAUAGUCUGCUGCAAGGCACCACUUAGGCAUGUUUUCAAAUACUGCAGGCUUCAGGUGCAAAAUCCUGCAAAGCAGUUUCAAAAUUUAAAUCCCUUAUGUUAUUUGUGAGACUGAAAACAGUCCACUAUUUGUACGUUAAAUGUAUUAAUUGAUGAAGUAGGUUCACGAUCAAGAAAUAUCUCUGGCUAGUGUGUUGGAGAUUUUUUUCCUCCUUGCUCAUAGCCCAUCAAAUCGCAGCUAGUGACUGUGGCUGCAUUUAAGGGAAGGACACAUGUACAGCUUUAUACAGUGCUUGAGUAGCUACUGGUAGUAUGUAGUAGUACUUUUCAGCAUACGUUAAAGAGAAACGUACAGUUAGGUUUCACUGGAGGUACAGCUUCAUAAAUUGCAAAAUGAAAGCCGUAUGACAUCGAACAGUAUGUCAGAGAGUGGGGAAAGUUUCCUGUGUUGUUUUCAGUCACUCCUCUGCCUUUCCUGUGAGGGAAAAUCUCUCAAAUAUUCAGAAACCACCUUACAGAGUCAAAAUUCACCUUUUCAGUGUAAGGUGGGUCCCUCACCCCUUUCCUGGGAGACUUUUUGCCUGCUUCUUCUAGACCCUGAUAGCUCUGCGGUGCAGGAGUACCACCCAGGUUGGGUUUGAGGCCAGAGUGCCAGCCUCUGCCUUGUGUACUCCUGAAGCGCCCUUAGAACAGAGCGCAAAGGCUGAAGGAUAGACUGCUACAGGGAGGGGAGAAAUUGACGGGUGAGGAGGAAAAUCUAGCGUACGCAGAUAUUAUAGACCUUACAGAUAUAGCAGAGUCGGACCUAGACUUAUAUUCGUGACCCAAACAUCUCCCUGUAUUCAGUGUGUCUUUGUCACAUGACCAAAGGUGAGCUGAAAGGUCACAUCACGCUUGUAUAAACCUGCUCAAGAAGGCAGCUGUAAUCUCUAAGCAGCCCAAAUUCAGUAACGAAUCUCAGGAGCACAGCAGGCUCUAAGUUCCUCCCCGGACCAGCCAGCUCCGGCAGGGUGGAUGUAGCUCCUAAUGCUUCCGCUUGCCUACUCUAAUUUGUGCUUAAUGUUGUUAUGCUGUCUUCCCUCUUAAUGUCUGCUUGUACAGAUGUCAUGAUAGGGCAGUCUAGUUGAAUAAAACAAAAUUUUAAUUUUGGAUAGGGGGAGGCAUUUCACUGCCAGUUUUUCCUUUCAAGCAACUUCCAUGUUAAACCUUCAUCAUCUGCCAACCUAAGCUCCUCCUAGUUUCAGUCAACCAAACCUAACCCCUUGCAGGGAGAUAAGUAGCAUUCCUUCAAGGCAAAUUUAACCAAAUCACUUCUAGAAACUUCUGAAGUUCUCCUUUUUGACCUUUGGUCAAUUCUAAGAUAGCCAGUGAGUCUAGAGUUUCUUCCACACACAUAUUCACUGGGAAGAAACUGAAUUCUUUCAUGCUUCCAGACCCGAGGACUGCCACCCCACAGCUACCAGCCCCUUCACCAUCUCCCAUGUGCUGCUGUCCAGCACCUGGGUGACUCAACCUCUCCUUUCCCUCCUGUCCUCACUGAGCUUUAGUGCACCAAGUGAAAGACAAGAUCUCCUGAGUUGUCAGUGCUGGUGAACCAUUCCUGCUCUAAGGAGGUCGCGAGGAAAGAAUAAAGAUAAAAAUGUAAGGACUACUGUACUGUGCUAGACCAAAGGUCCAAUUAGCCCAAAAACUGCCUUUGGCAAUAACCAGUAGAAGAUAGCUAGGAAAGGGUGUAAAGUCAGGCCAGCACUAGGGACCUUUCUCCCAAAUGGUAUCCCAGAAAUUCGUUAUUUAGGGCCUUUCUGAACCAGAGGUAGUGUCUUCGCAUUUUUUCAUUACCUGGUUUUGAAUCCUUUAAACUUUUAGUAUCUACUUGUUCCUGUCACGAGAACUUACGCAGUUAAUGAUGCAUUGAGUAAAGAAGUAUUUCCUUUUCUUUGUUAUGAACCAGCGCUAUUCAUUUGCUACCACCUAGUUUUUGUAUUAGAGAAACAGUGAACAACCGUUUCCUGUUCAUAUUGCUUCCUUGUCCCUUGUGAUUUUACGUAUUUGGCAUCCUUCCUCCACCAUCUCUUUUCCAGAGAGACCCCCUAGUCUCUUGUGAAGAAGCUAUCUCUUAUUUGUAAUUGGUCUUGUCAUGCUAAUCUAUUUCGUUUCCAGUUCUGCAGUCUUUUUACUGCGGUACAACCAGAGUUGUGCCUGGUAUUCAAGAUACAGACAAAUUGUGACUUUAAGAGUUGUCAUAAUGAUGUUGUCUGUUUUAUUCUCUAUGCAAUUUGUAAUCAUUUUUAGCAUUGGACUUGCUUUAUGACAGAUGAUUUCUUGGAAUUCUUAUUCCUGUAAUAAUAACGACUCUAGAUCUCAUUCCUCAGUUAUAAUAUUUAGCUCAGAGUUCAUCAUAGGGUGUAUGAAGACAGAACUGUUUUCUGAAUGCAUAACUGCAUUUGUGGGUACUGAAUGUCACCUGUUCUUUUGACGUGCAUUCCCUGGUGACCAUGAGCUCCUAUUCCAUCUCUUCUCACAGCUCAUCUUUGGUAUUCACAGUAACACAGUAUCAUCAGCAUCAGUGAUAGGAAAUACCACCGUCUCCACGUUAACCUCCUUUCCAAGGUGAUUUCUUAGUUAAGUUGAACAACAUGGGCUCAAGGACAAAGAUCCCUGUAGGACAAUAAGGUAACUUUCCUUCCCUGUGAAAAUGAAGCAUUUAUUCUUACCCAUUGUUUUAAUCUACCUUUGAGCUGCUUUUUUUUCGAAGUGAAGAUCUUCCCUCUUACUCCUUGGCAGCUUUGAUGAGGAAGCUUGUUUGCUACUUUGGAAACGCAAGUUUGCUAAAUGAGGGCUUGUUUUCCAUGCAUGAAUGUGCUAAGUUCCUCCUUCCUGUCAGAGUAUGGAGAGCUCCUCACCUUCACCCAGGUCUUUCUGCCUCCAAGCGAAUAAUUGUGUGAGUGUAGGCUUCAUACUGCAGGACGGUUUGACCUCCAGCCCCUCGUGUCUUUGUUUGGGAAAGUAGGACUGGCCAGGCAGAAGCCAUCUGGCAGGCUUGUGUCAGAUACAUCUGGUUAUGGGUGAUACUUGAUUCAGUAAAAUUAGGUGAUAAUUUUGCUUCAUAAUUUUCCUUCUGACACAUUGUACCUAAAGUGAAAAAAUAUUUCCUGGCUCUGUCUUAUGUCUUGUACCAUGUAGCCUGAAAUUCAGUGAGCUUUUGAGUCAGGGGGGUUUAUCAUCUUGUAGAUAAAUGACUUGGAAUCGUAAUUCUAUUAGGUGUUGAUUUUUAAAAUUCAGCUAGAAAGGUUUGUCUUCUUUGAAAAGGGCCCUGGGAAAUUUGCUGUGCUGAGAGGUGGAGGUUCAGGAACAGUUGGGUUCUCGCUGUUCCUUGCUAACAGCCUGGUGUGUGGUCUUUGGCAAAUCCCUUAGUGACAGUCAUAAAAGGUAUGCAGCCCCUGAAGAGGUGCCUGGGCUCCUCGGGGGAGUUUGCAAAAGGGUGUGUGGCUAAGGUCAAAACACUUUCGCUUCUUCACCAGCUGAAGUGAACAGCAAAAGUCACACAGCUCUGGCAAUACAGGCCCAGCCUUCACGGCCCUCGGGUGAAUUUCUGGCCCCAUUGAACCCAGCCUGAGCUUUGCCUUUCAGCGUAAGGAGGACAGGAAUUCUGGUCCUGCGAGUAGAAAUGGCCCAUAAUGAUAACACUGCUUAAUUGGCUUUUAUCAUACAGUUUAUUCAUUGAGAACUGAUUGAUGUCUGCGCAGAGCUCUGAAAGUGAAAAGAAACCUGCCCCUACGCAGCAGACAAAUACAAUUGUCACUCCUGGCCUAAUUUAUGAGAGAAGGAUGAGAUUGCAUCAGAUUACUUACCAGGAGAAGCAAUUCAUUUGCCUCCCGACGGCACAGCAGUUCAUGAUGGAAGGUGGCUCACCAUAGGCAGUCCUUAUGGUGGCAGUUGUAAUUACUGGUCAAAUUAGUGUCCCUGCUGACUUGAAGAGCACCGAGAUACUCUGAAACAUCCUUCCCCUGUGAGACUUUGUGUGUUUCUCUUGAUGAUCCUGCAGCAUGUUAUGCAUUGGGAGCCAUUUCUGGUAUAUGCCAGGGUAAAAUAUGUAAAUAGCAUCAUGUUGGCUCGGGAUAAGAGCAUUAUUAAUGCUUUUCGGCACUGUAAUUAUAUUCAUAGUAAGCCUUCCCUAAGCCCUCACUAAUUAACAAUAUUGUGACAAAUCAACUUUAACAGAAAAGAACUGGGAACCUUUAGUCUUUUAGUACUGUUUUUAAUUCAGCCCACAGCCCAAAAUUGGUGGCAAGGUUUUCUGUACUAGUGUGGGAAACCUGCUGGUAUUUGAAAAGUUCAGAGCCAGCUCUCGGUCUUGUUAGUGGAAUCCUGUAGAUGAAGUCAGUUUGAUUCCUCUUUAAAUAUAUUCACAAGAAAGUAAGAUUCAUUAGUUAAUCAUUAAUGUAGGGGAAUAUUAAAACUGCUUUUAUAAAUAAGCCAUCAUAUUGAAAUAGUUUACUAAUGUCAAUAUGUUGUCAUAUACUCAUUUAUUUAUUUAUUUAUUUGUUCCAAAUCACAGGACAUUUUACAACACACCUUAAUUCUCAAAUUGAAUGGCUUUAUAAACAUUCAUAUCAGGUGAUCAAGAGUGGUAACAUUGUUAAUCCACAUACACAAAUGAACUUGCUAUCUAAAUGUCAGGAUUUCUCUGUGCCUUUCCUUUCUUCACUUAGAGUAAUUCCAGAUGAAGGUUGUUUGGUGUGUUGUUUUUUUUCUUUUUAAUUUGUACCCCAGAAGAUUUUCCUCCCGUGCAAGAAUAAACUGUGAGACACAUGAAAUCAGUGACCAGCAGUUUCUCUGAUCCAGUGCUUGCUACAAUUGCAACGUUACAUGUACUGACUCUUAUCGCUGUACCAUUUCACAUCAGGUCUGCAGAACUGGACUUUCUCUGUUUGUUCUUCUCAUGCAUUGGUAAAUAAAAUGUAUUCGCAAGUCCAAAAAACCGAAGUGGUGCUCUCAUAUUAGGUUGAUUACAAGUCAGCUGUUGAGCUUCAGUGGUCUAAACAUUUCAUUCUUCAGUUUUGUUGGGAGCACACGUGUUCUGGGAGGCUUUUAAACAAAUACUUGAAAUGGUUGAAAGAUUUACAUUGCCAGUGCCUAGCUAAAUAUGUAGUCUUUAGAAAAGACAUGGUUUAUUUUGGCACCAUUUGAAAAACUCAAAUAUUUUAAACAUUUGUUAAGUUUGAGCUUGCACAUUUGAACUGAAAGUUUGCAUUCCAAAAUUGCAUCUCAGGUUACCUGUCUCUGUCUCUUUUGUAUUUUAUAAUCCCUUUAUUAAAAUAGGCUGCAAAAGGA